GCAUUAACUGUGGAGUGUUCUGGCGGUGACAGGGCUGUCAGGGUCAGAUGGCCGUUCAGCCUGAUUACACCAGCUCACGGUAGAUCCUCGGCUCAGCACAGCAACAGCACUGCUGCUGCAACAAGGGUAGAUCUGCAAACGGGACUCCGUAGUACAGUGCAUCUGGUUUUUGCGGGGGUGGAGGCUGAGACCUCGGUGUCAUCCAGCAGAGAUCUACUGGUGGCUGCAGGUGUUUUGGAUGUGAGUCUCGAUUUGGAGAUGACACAGAAAAUCUAAGCGAACUACUGGUUGAUGGCGUUUGUGCGACAAAGUGGUGACUACUGCCACGCCCAACACAAAUAAGCCCAAUCGAUAAUGUAUUUUUACCACGCAUUCUUGGGACCCUGAACCCGAAAUCCAUAUUCCGCCUGGCAAAAGCAGCCAUCUGAUGGGGUAGCAAGUGGAGCCUCAAGAUUCAAAACUUAACCAAAGAAAGAUCGGAAGUCCUCCUCCUGCUGAACGUAAAGGACUGAAGUAAAGAACUCAUACUGAUAGAUUGUUGCCUCGUGCUCCUGGAUGACGGGAUAAACCAAACUGAUGGGGUAAAAUUGUGCUUAAGACAACAACAAAAACAGAAUUUGUCACAGCUACAAACGUUUAUAUCCAUCCAGCCGUCAUUUGAAGACUCCACAGCUGAAACUGAGGUUAAUAAGCACAGAAGUCUUCCUGGGGAAAAAAAAACUACAUUGGUCAACCAUGAACCGUCCAGCUCCUGUGGAACUCUGUCACAAGAACAUGAGGUUCCUCAUUACGCAUAACCCAACAGACAGCACACUCGGCUCCUUCAUAGAGGACCUGAAGCGAUUCGGGGCCACAACAGUGGUUCGAGUCUGUGACAUCACAUAUGACAAAACGCCACUGGAGAAAGAUGGCAUUACCGUGGUGGAUUGGCCCUUUGAUGAUGGAGCCCCACCUCCAAGUAAGUUAGUUGAUGAUUGGUUGAGUCUUCUGAAGAGGAGGUUUCAGGAAGAUCCAGGAUGCUGUGUGGCUGUUCACUGCGUAGCGGGCCUCGGAAGGGCUCCUGUCCUGGUUGCUCUGGCCUUGAUAGAGAGCGGAAUGAAGUAUGAAGAUGCCAUUCAGCUGAUCCGACAGAAGCGACGUGGCGCCAUCAACAGUAAACAACUAACUUACCUGGAGAAGUAUCGGUCCAAGCAGCGGCUACGCUUCAAAGACUCUCAGACGCACAGGAACAAGUGUUGCACGAUGUGAAGACAUGCAAACGCGGAGAAAAUCAAAACAUUUGGACACUUCAAAAGAAAGAAAAGCUCUCAGGAAUACAACCAUACAAGCCUUUUAUCACUUUAAAACAGGCCCCUUGGAAUUCAUAAAUGCUUUUUAUUACCCUCCUUUCACUGCAAUUCACUUUCUCUCCCCUGUUUGUAAUGACUUUGGGUCUUUAAAUGAGUAUUAUAUUUUGGAUGCUUGCUUCAGUAGAUGAGAGAAUGGAAAAAGUAAGGCAAGUCUUGAUUGUUGAGGCUUUAGGAUGUUGCUUAGUAACAAACAAGACAGUUCAUUGCAGAAAAGCGGGUGCAUGUGACCACACAUAUUCUGGGAUAUUUGAAACAAAAUUAUAUGAGGCUCUAUUUUCUGCAGAAUCUAUUAUAUUUUGUUAUUUUGUACAUAUAAUUACAUAUAAUUUAUUGACAGCUUAGAUCUGCUUUUUUUGUUGUCCAACUUUGAGACAAAUCCAUGUCAUAUUCUGAUAUGAUAGCAUGAAAGGAAAAUUUGUCAAUGCUACACGCAUGCUGGUAACCAGGAAGCCUUCACAAACAAUGUUUUAUUUUAAAAAAAUAUGUGUUUACAUUUCGGAGUGUGCAUUUUCUUCACCACUGAUUGCUGUUAUUGACAGAUUUGGUAUAAACAAUAACCAUACAUUGUAUAUUAAAUAUAAGGAGUGGACUUCAUGUAAAUAUAAAAUAAUAUGUGUGGCUG